AGCCAAUCAGUUUCUGUUGAGUGAGUCUGCUUCCUGUCAGGCGCAAAUUUACAAACUAUACUUUUUCUUGGUCCUCAGCAAAGAUAACUUAGCAACCUUUUACAUAUAUAAAAAACACUUACAUUAAGCAGCAUGAGCGCUGAUGAGAGCAACGAGAUUUCUUUAGUUUCAAGUAACUGUCACGCUUUGACGCCAAAAGAGAGCGAGAAAGGCAAAAGGGAUCCAAAAAGAACUCCACUGUCACACCUUAAAAAAGUACACUGCCCAUUCAAGUCACCUCAUCAUGUAGCCAGGAAGGCUAAAGUUAGUCAUGCAGAGGAAGUGGCAGAAUUAGAGAGGAGAAGUGAGCAGCUGGAUUCAGAGAUAGCACAGCUAGAGGCUGAAGGAUACAAAGUAGAAGAGUUGGAACAUCACAUUAAUAUGCUGCAUGAAUACAAUGACAUCAAAGACAUUGGGCAGUCACUUCUAGGUCGCAUUGCUGCUCUUAGGGGGACCACCACACGAGAUCUCUACACACAGUUUGGCCUUGAACUGGAUGACUGAAAGAAAUGCAAGGAUUGCCAUUUCAUAGCUUUCCCUGCUCUAAAAACAACAAUGUAAAAAUAAAGGACUUUUGGGUUAUGAAAAUGAAUGUAAUUUAAUUGUUGGAUACUUAAAAGGUAUUAAACCUUUUUGUCAAUCUAA